AUGAGUAGUACUACUUCUAAGCUGCGUUCCGUACGCAAAAUCAUGCCGCGCCCGUCGUCGCAUUGGGUUGGCGAUGGCUUUAAGGUUUAUCCUGUCUUUGCCAAUGCCGCAUUCACGGAAGAAUUAAGUCCACUUCUUAUGUUCGACUAUGCGGAACCCAAGAAAUUCCCGGCUAGAGUGGGCGCUCCUCUAGGGGUCGGCCAGCACCCGCAUCGGGGUUUCGAAACCGUUACGGUCGCUUUUCAAGGUGAAGUAGAACACCACGAUAGUACCGGAAAAUCGGGCACUAUCAAGGCGGGAGACGUGCAAUGGAUGACGGCUGGCCGUGGUAUUAUUCAUCAAGAAUACCACUCCAAAGAAUUCACGAAGGCAGGCGGUACUUUUGAAAUGUGUCAAUUAUGGGUCAAUCUACCCAAAAAAUACAAAAUGACCAAACCGGGCUAUCAGAGUAUUCUGAACGACAAGAUUCCUGUUGUCAAAUUGCCGCUGGGCGUGGCGGAUGAUGAGAGCGUGCUAGGUACGGCCCGAUUGAUUGCGGGUGAAUUUGGAGAAACUAAUGGCGCUGCGAAAACCUUUUCACCAGUCCAAAUGUGGGAUGUGUCUUUGCCGCUCGCGGGAAGUGAGAUUGACUUUCCCUUUCCAUCGAACCAGAAUUGCAUUGUCUUUGUGCGGCGCGGAUCCGUUGAGGUGAUGGGUAGUAAAGUGGACGGUAAGAUCAAGUCCUCUACGUUGGGACCGCAAGACGUGGCGUUGAUGCGAAUGGACGGCAGUGAUACAGUUCGAUUGCGUGUAAACGAACCUGACUCGAGUGUGUUGUUCUUGGGCGGCGAGCCGUUGAACGAACCAAUUGCAGCGCAGGGACCGUUCGUUAUGAAUACGCAAGAGGAGCUUUACAAGGCCAUGACAGAUUUUCGAAUGGGAAAAAUGGGAAAUUAAGUACAUUGAUCGACACACAUACAUGCACUGAUUAAUUGUUGUUC